AUGUUGGUUCAACCUUUGCCACCAGUUAGAAAACCGAUCAGUUUAAAAACAGCUGUUAAAGCUAUCAGUUUAUUAUGUACAUUUACAGGUAGUGGUCUAUUAGGAUAUAAAUUAUUCGUAUCUUUACCAUCAUACAAUGGACCAAUAAGAGAUUUACAAAGUAAACCAAUUAUAAUAACUGAACCAUGUGCUAAAACAUCCAGAGAAUUAGUUUAUAAUUUAGCUAAACAAGGUGCACAUCUUAUUUUAGCUAAUAACGAUUGGGAUAAAUGUGAUGAAUUACGUGAACGUUUAAUACGUAAAUACGGCGUGAAAUCUGACAUGUUAGAAUGUCGACGGCUAGAAAUGAAUAGUUUAACAUCAAUACGUCGUUUUGUUGCCGGUGUACUAGUUGAUUUUCCAUUGUUAAACUCAGCAAUUAUUCAAUCACCAUCAUGUGUAACUAGUAUUAUUAGUGGAAAACAACGUUUUACACCAGAUGGUUUUGAACAAGAAUUAGGUGUAAAUUAUUUUUCUGCUUAUUUAUUAAGUCGUCUAUUAAUCGGUCGAUUAAAUGAAAAUCAAGGACGAUUAAUUUUAGUGAUUGAUACAAAAAAUGCUAACCUGUAUCAAACCAGUCAAAUAACUAAUAAUAAUGAUGAUGAACAAUUGAAAUCAACAAAAAUUACCAUACCUUUAAAUAAUAUUAAUUGGGAAAAUAAAAAUGAAUAUACACCAGAGAAAGCAUAUCAACGUGCUCAAUGGUUUUUAUUAAUGUUUGCAGAUGAACUUGCACGUCGUAAUUCUUCAAUUCAAGGUAAAAAAGCUUCCAUUCUAGUCGUAGAUCCUCACAUUACACGUGGUUUAAGUCCGGAAAAAGAUGAACAAUAUUCAAAUGCCAAUGGUUUAUGGAAAUUAAUGUACAUGCUAAUUGAUAUUUGUCCACGAUUAAUUAGUCGUAAAGCAUCAACUACUAGUUUAUUUUGUACAACAGCUGAUUCUUCUUCAAUGAACAAUUCAACAGUAGUUGAUGAUAAUUCAAACAAUCAUCAUCAACCGAAUUCAAUUGUGAAUAAUGCACCAAUCUAUCAAGAUUUAAGAUUAUUUGUUCCAUCAAAACCAGUGAAUGAAAUGACUGACGAUCGACGUGAAGCAUUAGAAUUAUUAUGGAGAUUAAGUGAAAAAUGGACUCGUUUAGAUACGCAUCCAUAUGCGCUACCAUUACCUAGUAGACAUUUAAUCAAAAAAGAUAAGAAGGUAACCAGUGAUAAAGUUGAAACUGUCCCUUUAACACAAACAUAAAAUCGAUUGUAUUAAAUUCAUUAGGAAAGAAAGAAAAAAUAAUUUUAACAAGCU